GAUUAGAUUAGCGGCUAAAUUAACGUACCACGUUGCGCGUGCUGUGCCAGCCCACCUGACUGACCGGCGGAUGUGACGUCACGCACGUAGAGGAGAGCCUGUACUUUGUCCCCGUGAGAGCAGCAGCUCGUUCGGUCCGCGGGAUGUCUGCUGUUUGAAGGUGACAGUCCACCACCUCAAUCCGCAGAAAUGGAUGCGACUUUUGUGGUGUCUGCCAUCAUUUUCACUCUUCUCGCCGUCGUCGUGGCGACGUCGCUAUUUAACGGCUCGUCGUCGUCGUCUUCGGGCGACUUUGCGAACACUGACUUCAGCAGGCCCACGGGGGAGCGUCCAGACACAGGAACAGGUCAAAGUGAGCCCCAGCAGAACGGACAUGUUCCCGGUAAGAAGAAGAAGGAGGAGGAGGCGGACGACUGGUGCGAACUCAGCGGGAGCUCCCACGACCACUGGGACGUCGUCAAAUCCGUGCAGUCGGCAGACGCACGUCCCAACGCUUACAGUGAAGAACUGGCAACAGCAGUUGAACAUUUGCCAUCCUCAUCUAGACUGUCCAGUCACAGGCCUGCUUCUAGGGCGGCGAGCUUAGACAUGGACACAUCAGCCGAAGCCCCGUCAGGGAGGGGCUGUACGUCAAUCAUUGGGCUCUCUGAUCAGCAGCUCCUAAAGUGUGCUUUCUCUCACCCUCAGACCGAAGGAGCCGCAGAGAGCCCAGCAAGCAACGAUAAAAUGGAAUCAAAUGCACACAGUUCCCUGAAAUAUGUCCCCGGGAAGACGCGGUCCCACCAUUUGCAAAUGAUGAUGUCCAAAGACGAGCUGGAGGAGGAGCAGAGGGUACAACGUGAACAGUUGGCCGCCAUCUUCCAACUGCUAAAAGACAACCAAGAGAUGUUUGGGGAAGUGUCUGAGAGAGACAUGGAGGAGCAGCUUCGACUGUAUUCCAUCUGAGACCCGUGUCUGACUCCGCUUGUCCACUUUUCACUCCACCCUCUCACUAUGCGCCUGUGGGUGCUGCUGCAGGACGAUUCCAUUACACCACACACAUUAACUUCAUUAAACCUGUUCAAAGAGCACAGUACAAUCAGGAACAUUCUUCAGGUUUCACUGUUACUCAUUAUUAGUUUGUUUACUAAUUUUGUUGUUCUAUCUGCCUGUCAUCUAUUAGUCAGUUGACGUUAUAUAAAAACAAUUUGCAAUCCAAAGAACACAUUCCUAUGAUUAUGAAAACAAGGAGUAAAAGGGAUAUAGUUUUUAUUAGUUUUAUGUUGUGAUUCAAGAAAGGAACAGUAUUUUUUUAUUAUUUAAUUUUAUCUUUGUCUUUAAAACGUCUGAAAUCUGUAUAUUUGCUAAUGAGUAAUUUGUCAGUGUUGUGAAAUAAAGAAUCUCAUCA